AUGGAGUCGGACGCGUCCACCUCCCCGCGGCGGCGCAGCACGAGCUGCUACAGCGACAGCGGCGACUCCUCCUGCUCCGAGCCCUUCAGCGAGUGCGGCAGCGACGACCUCUCCUUCACGCCCGCCGCCGCCGCGGGCAUCCACCGCCUGCUGCUCUCCUGCGCGGCCGAGGCGUCGGAGGACGCAAUCUCCUCGCUUGUGGCCAAGCUGGAGUGCCCGUCGCCGUCGCUGGACUCGCUCCGCCGCGCGGCGAUGGAGCUCCGGCUGCUGGCCAAGCACAACCCGGACAACCGGGUCCGCAUCGCCGCGGCGGGCGGCGUCCGGCCGCUCGUCAAGCUGCUGUCGCACGCGGACUCGCUGCUGCAGGAGCACGGCGUUACGGCGCUGCUCAACCUCUCCAUCUGCGACGAGAACAAGGCGAUCAUCGUCGAGGCGGGCGCGAUACGGCCGCUGGUACUCGCGCUCAAGUCCGCCGCGUCGCCCGCCGCGCGGGAGAACGCCGCGUGCGCGCUGCUCCGGCUGUCCCAGCUGGACGGCGCCUCCGCGGCCGCCAUCGGCCGCGCGGGCGCCGUCCCGCUGCUGGUCUCCCUCCUCGAGACCGGGGGCGCGCGGGGGAAGAAGGACGCCGCCACGGCGCUGUACGCGCUCUGCAGCGGCGCGCGCGAGAACCGGCAGCGCGCCGUGGAGGCCGGCACCGUGCGGCCCCUGCUGGACCUCAUGGCCGACCCGGAGUCCGGCAUGGUGGACAAGGCCGCGUACGUCCUCCACUCCCUCGUGAGCUCCGGCGAGGGCCGCUCCGCCGCCGUCGAGGAAGGCGGCAUCCCCGUCCUGGUCGAGAUGGUGGAGGUCGGCACCUCGCGGCAGAAGGAGAUCGCCACCCUCUCCCUCCUGCAGAUCUGCGAGGACAACGCCGUCUACCGCACCAUGGUCGCCCGCGAGGGCGCCAUCCCGCCCCUCGUCGCCCUCUCCCAAUCCUCCUCCGCCCGCCCCAAGCUCAAAAGCAAGGCGGAGUCGCUGAUCGAGAUGCUGCGGCAGCCGCGGAGCCCGAGCCUCCGCGCGCGACCAGCGGCGGUCGUUGCGACGGAGUGA